AUGUCUUCACACCGUGCCGACGCGAGUACCCUACUUGACAAUCGCGGAUACUCCGGCCCCUUAAUUCGUGGCGUUAAUCCUGCCACGCUGUUCGAGAAAGCCGUUCGCGACCGCAUCACGGACUCUUAUUACUGGAAAGAACAAUGCUUCGGUCUUAAUGCUGCGACUUUAUGCGACCGCGCGGUUGAGCUAUCUUCCAUUGGUGGAACUUAUGGUGUUGCAGAGAAGCCUACCCCGUUUCUGUGUCUUGCAUUCAAAUUGCUACAACUCAAUCCCGAGCGAGACGUUAUACUGGAAUACUUGAAUUACACUGAUCCCGGCAGUGAUGAGGAGGCUGAGGCCACGGCGGAGGAGCAAGCUCGCAACGGUGUGGCCGGACAAAAGGGAGACUUCAAAUACCUUCGGGCACUGGCGGCGUUCUAUGUCCGGCUGACUUUCGACGCGGUCGAUGUGUACAAGACCUUGGAGCCUCUGCUCCUCGACUAUCGCAAGCUCAAGCGUCGAGUUCGCGACUCGUUUGUGCUUACAUAUAUGGACCAAUUUGUCGACGAUCUGCUUACCAAGGAUCGUGUGUGUGGAACAAGUUUGUGGAAGUUGCCUUCGCGGCAGCAAUUGGAGGACUUGGAUUUGUUGGAUGAACGCAUCAGUCCGCUGGCGGAUGAACUGGAGGAAAUGGAUCGAGAAAGUGACGACGAGGGUCAGGCUAGCGAAGCACGUUCAACUGGACGCUCGGAGGACGAGUGA